AUGGCUCUCGAAAUUCGUAACAUCCGCGUUAGUAUCCGUUGCACCCCGGUUAAGCGUCGUUAUAUCGGGAUGGCAUGUUCUGUUUUCCUGCUGGCGCUCCUGGCAUCGGGAACACCGCCAGUAAGCGCAUUCGAGAAUCCCACUGGCGACAGCUACGCGUUCAGCGAUUUCCACACGGAACGAGGAGCCUCCAACGGCUAUAAACUACUAGAGCUCCAUCUGGGCGUGAGCAGCGUGGAGGUUUGGGGAACUCUUAAGACUGUUUCAGACCCAAUUGCAUCAGACGACGCCUCUCGUCCCCACUUCACAGCACGCCGCACUCCCCCCCUUCCUUCUCCCACCCAACCCUCAUCAGAGCUCCAUGUGGGCGUAAACAGCGUGGAGGUUUCAGACCCAGUAGCAUCAGGGGUGGACGGUGCUGCCUCUUGUGGUCGUUCCAGAUUCAGUAGCAUCAGGGGCGGCGGUGCUGCCUCUGUGUGCAGCAUCGCUCGCACGCGCCUCCCCGCUCGGCCGCUCUUGAGGGGCGUGUCUCGCGGGUUCCACGUGCUCAGAGUCACGGCCACCAUCCCUGCUGUGGGAAUCCCGCUGUCAGUGGGGGGCGUGGCGAGCAGUGGACAGAAAGGGGCAGUGGGUGGGUUGGUGGGCGGGCGGGAAUGCCUCGCAGCCCCUAGGGGAGUGCCCAAGGGGGGCGUGGCGAGCGGUGGACAGGAAGGGUUGGUCAUGCGGAAUGCCUCACAACCUCUGGGAGAGUGUCCAAGAGGGGCUUGGCGAGCAGUGGACAGGAAGGGGCGGUGGGUGGUGCUGCGGUCGCCUUUCGAGGGCGCGUUCAUUGAUGUGAAACGAGACGGUGGGGUCGCUGGGGAUCAUGACGUCAGCAUCAAAGUAGACGAAGACCUGGAGCCUCACCGGGCGGUGUUCUUUGUCCUGGGGUUCCUGCUCAUGCUGCUGGCGGGCCAUCUAAGCUCUAUGGUGGCUUUUUACUACGGAGGGGGCAUGACUCUGGGCGUGCUGCUCGUGGUCAUUGUGAUUCUCUACCAGGUCAUGCGGUUGCUGCCGCUGGGUCGCAAGAGCAGCCUUCAGAUACUCCUCUAUGGAUCCCUGAUGGGGUUCAUAGGCGUGAUCGUAACAUACGUCUCGGGGGCGGUCAAGACUGUCAUGGAGCCUCUUGGCCUGGUUGAUGACGUCAUCUCUCCGGUGGUGGUGUUUGUGCUUGUACUGGUGGUGCUUAUAGGAGCGGCGCUGGGUUUCUGGGUGGUGCGGAAAUUCAUCCUCUCGCCCACAGGCGAGCUGGACCCCCCUACAGUGUCGUUCGUUAAAUGGGGCCUCCGAAUAAUUGCAGCUACGCUGCUUAUCAUGAGUUCAGCCGAUGCCAUCAUCGCAACGUCGCUCCUCCUCCUCUCCCUCUCCACCACCCUCCUCCUGCACCUCCUCUCCCCACGGGCCCUCGCGCUCCUCUCCCCCACCUCCACCCCCUCUGCCACCCCCGCCACCUCCUUCCUGGCCCGUGCCUGCGUUCGGAAAGGCGAGCAAGCAGCAGAGCACGAAGGGGAGGUGGGGGGAGUCGGUGGUGCCUUUUCUCCCCCACAGCAGUUCGGCACACCCCCUCAGGGGCGUAUGGGAGGUGUGGGGGGAGGGCAGGGGUAUGUGACUCCCACGAGAGGGGCUGAUGGGUCACCUUACAUGCGCAUGGGGGCGCCUUUCCAGGGACCACCAGGCACGCCUCGCACCCCCUCUUCCCCCCUCUCCCGCUCGGUGUGCCCCUCCUCCUUCCACCGCACGCCGCACCGCCGCCACCUCACCCCGGCACAGGCAGCAGCCAUCUCGCACCAGUGCACGCAGGCGGCCCUGCAAGACCUGGCCUAUUCCCCCGGGUUCGGGCAGUGGGUGUUGCAUAACUUUGACCGGAUAGCGAUUACUCCGAGGAUUCUGAGAGAGGAGCGGGGUGAAGCAGAGAUUGCUGCUACAGCUGAGAUGGAAGAAGGAUUUGAGGAGGAGGAGGGGUAG